AUGUUCAGGCUUACAACAGUCCUAUUUGUGAUGCUAAUAUUGGUCGCGCUAUUGGUUGAAUCGGAAGUUUCGGUGGAGGUUUCAGCCGUUGGUCCUCGGUGCGACGACUACUGGGCCCCAUUCGGUGGAGAACUGCAGUGCCGGACUUGGAAUACAGGCGCAACCCACCCUAGCGGUGUGAGCCCGCCAGCAGCUUCAGUUUCGUCACCUCGUGGCACACCUGCACCUGGCAAGACGAGCGUUGAUCCCCAGCGGCAAGAAAUGGGGGAGAGUGCCGUGUCGGGUUCAGCCGCAGAGAGAACUAGUCAACGGGCUCCUGGCUCUCAAGAAGUAUCUCCCACAGUGACCGUGCAACCAAAUGAUGCUGCGGUCGGCAGCAGGAGCGAAGGUCAGGUACUAAAACCCCUUUCAAGAUCCCCAAUUUCUGGUGGAGCUGCACCGUCACCACCUGACUCUGUCGAACAGCAUGUCGAUAAAACGGUUCACGAACAGGAAGUUGACACCGUGGGGGGACAACAAAGCAUGGAAGCACAUAGCAGAAAACGUGUAAACGAAGGAAAUGCAAUUUCUCGAAAGGAAUUAACAGGUCCUGAUAACGGGAGCGUGGCGCAGCCGCCGGCACGGAGGGCGGUGUUGGGGGCUGAGCAAGAAAAUACAGAGGAACUGGCAACAAGCAAUAUGAAUGAGCAGGAGUCAAAAGAAAACAAUACACAGGUGAGGAAGAGCACUGCACACAAAAUGCAUGUAGUGAUACUCUCCACAGCACUGAGCCUUGUGUGCCUUUAA